CGCGCGCCGAGGCGGGCGCAGAGCGGCGGCGGCGGCAUCUACGGCUCGCGCCGUCCCUCCGGCAGCCCCGCGCGCCCGCGAUCGUCCAUGGGGCCGAGCGGCGCCCGCUGAGGGAGGAGGGGACGGGGAGCAGCGGGAGUCGGUGCCGGCCGCAGCCAUGCAGCAGGUCUUAGACAACCUUACUGAUCUGCCGACAUCGACAGGCGCUGAAGAAAUAGACCUGAUUUUUCUUAAAGGAAUUAUGGAAAACCCCAUCGUAAGAUCGCUUGCUAAGGCUCACGAGCGACUGGAAGAUUCUAAACUUGAGGCUGUCAGUGACAACAACCUGGAGCUGGUGAAUGAAAUCCUUGAAGACAUCAGUCCCUUAGUAAAUAAGGAUGAAAAUGUUGCAGAAUUGGUUGGAAUACUCAAGGAGCCUCAUUUCCAGUCACUCUUGGAAGCACAUGAUAUUGUGGCUUCAAAAUGUUAUGAUUCCCCUCCUUCUAGCCCAGAAGUCAAUAAUUCUUCCGUGAACAACCAGGCUGUUCCAGUAGAUGCUAUUCGUAUCCUUGGAAUUCACAAAAGAGCAGGAGAGCCACUGGGAGUCACGUUCAGAGUGGAGAACAACGAUCUGGUGAUAGCCCGAAUUCUUCAUGGAGGAAUGAUAGAUCGGCAAGGUCUUCUGCAUGUGGGGGACAUUAUUAAAGAGGUGAAUGGCCACGAGGUUGGAAACAACCCAAAAGAAUUGCAAGAACUGCUGAAAAACAUCAGUGGAAGUGUCACUUUGAAAAUUCUCCCCAGCUACAGAGACACUGUCAUUCCUCAACAGGUUUUUGUCAAGUGUCAUUUUGAUUAUAAUCCAUAUAAUGACAACCUCAUCCCAUGCAAAGAAGCAGGUUUGAAAUUUUCUAAAGGAGAAAUUCUUCAGAUUGUAAACCGGGAAGAUCCGAAUUGGUGGCAGGCUAGUCAUGUCAAAGAAGGAGGAAGUGCAGGUCUAAUUCCUAGCCAGUUCCUGGAAGAGAAGAGGAAGGCUUUUGUUAGGAGGGACUGGGACAACUCAGGGCCUUUCUGUGGAACAAUUAGCAGCAAAAAAAAGAAAAAGAUGAUGUAUCUCACUACAAGAAAUGCAGAAUUUGAUCGCCAUGAAAUCCAGAUAUAUGAGGAAGUAGCCAAAAUGCCUCCUUUUCAGAGGAAAACCCUGGUCUUGAUUGGGGCCCAAGGAGUGGGGCGAAGGAGUUUGAAGAACAGGUUUAUUGUGCUGAAUCCUACUAGAUUUGGAACUACAGUGCCAUUUACUUCACGGAAGCCAAGGGAUGAUGAAAAAGAUGGGCAAGCGUACAGAUUUGUGUCACGAGCUGAAAUGGAGAUGGAUAUUAAAGCUGGCAGAUACUUAGAGCAUGGAGAAUAUGAAGGAAAUCUUUAUGGCACCAAAAUUGAUUCCAUCCUUGAAGUUGUUCAGACAGGAAGGACCUGCAUCUUGGAUGUAAAUCCACAGGCUCUAAAAAUACUGAGGACUUCAGAAUUCAUGCCCUAUGUGGUGUUUAUUGCUGCUCCAGAGUUAGAGACUUUGCGAGCUAUGCACAAGGCUGUGGUAGAUGCUGGAAUUACAACCAAACUUCUCACUGACACUGAUCUGAAAAAAACAGUGGAUGAGAGCGCGCGGAUCCAGCGAGCGUACAACCACUACUUUGACCUGACCAUUGUCAAUGACAACCUGGACAAAGCCUUCGAGAAGCUGCAGACGGCCAUCGAGAGACUGAGGCUGGAGCCCCAGUGGGUCCCCAUCAGCUGGGUCUACUGAGUGCUCCUGAGGGAGCUGCACUAACCAAUAAAGUCAGCAGCAGCAAACGUGACGUGUAGAUACUGAUGAUAACCUACAGCACCUGUGCAUUUUUACUCUGUGUAUAUUCAAAAGUACACUGUUCUGAAUUUUUAUAAAAAUGUUGAAGAGAAAGUGUACUUAAAUAUGUAAUUUAUUUUAAUUUUUCUAACUUUUUACAGAUAACCUUUCUAUUCAUAUCACAUGAAGGAAAUGCGUUUAAGCAUUUUUCUAUGUUUUGAUUUAGUAUCUUUGCCUUUUUCAUCUAAGAAACUUUCAUUCACUUCAACAUUUACAUCUUGGUCUUACAUUUUCACUGUGAUUAAAAAAGGAUACUUGAAACAAUUUUUGUAAAAUUUGUUAAUGUCAGUGUUUAACUGAUCAAAAGUCUAUAGCUCUUAUUAGGAAAGAACACUAAUUUCUUUGAGGUUUUUUUCUUCAAAAAAAUAAUAAUUUUAUGGGAGCAGAAUUUUAAAUAUUAAAAGCAGUAACAAAAACACAGGUCCAUUGCUCCAGCUGCUUUCAGCUUAAUGUUGGUGCAUUCCUGAUGUUUCAAAAGUUCCUGAUAUCUCUUGAUUUAGAUAACUUUUGUGUAGAUUCCCUUCUAUCUGUCUCCUAAAAUAACAUAGAGCAAUACCUUGCAAGCUGCUUAUUAUGCUUUCUUGGGAGCCAACCUGUUAGCCCAUACAGUUGAAGUACUGACAUUAGAAAGUCAUAGGCAAGGUAAUUCAGUGCAAUUUGAAUCAUGGUGAAGUAGCUUGAGAGAGAACCUGAUAAUGUGGAGCCUUGUAGGUGACACUUAAUGUUUAGGACUAUUUAUUCACACUUGUGAAAACACAUUGCUUAAAAAAAAGAAAAAAAAAAAAAAGACAUUUUCUUUUCUUAGGACAUUGUUCUGUAUUUGUGUAGUGAUCUGUGGCUUCAUUUCCUGUGAUGUCUAGCUGGGUUCUAAAUUAUCUUUUAAAUAUUUGUGUGUGAUCAACUGCUGUAUUUUGAGUGUUGUGUAAUGGCAUUUCUGUGCUUUUUCUUACAUUGUUUUUAAUUGCAUUUUUCAUUAGAUAGCUUGUGAAUUGGAAGCUUACUGCUAAAAAGCAAUGUUGUUUAUAGGUUUUUUCGUUUACAGUGUAUUUCCUUUUCAGUGACAAUUCUCCCCUCAGUAUACUCAUUGAUAUAAUUCAUAUUAGGUUAGGUUCAGGUUCAUUGAUCAAAACUUAAGCUGAUGUAAAUUAAUGGGAACAGAAGGAGAAUACAGCCUGUUGCUCAGAUGAGCUCUUUUUGUGACCAUGUUUUAUAUGACAUUGUCAGCUGUUGUAUAUAGUCACAUUCACCAUCACAUACUGGCUUAGGUGUCUACACUGAAGUCAUCUGUUCAAUUCCUCUUCCAUGUGGUGACAGGCACCUGGCUCUGGAUUCCUUUUCAACACCAAAGUGUGACCUGGAAUGCUAUCAAAAGGCAUCUUCCUCAGAGCUAUUUCUGGAGGAAGACAGGCUUAGGCACUGUAAAACAGCAUUGCUUCCUGUGGCUCAAGACUUUUAUGUGCACAAGGAAAGAAAAAAUUGAGUGGAUGCAGUAGAGGAAAACUGUUUGAAAAAACCUCAAAACACCUGUAUGCAACAGAUGAUUUUUACAUAGCCUGUAAAGUUGGUUGUUGUGGGGGAAGAGGGACAGAGGAGGCUUGAAAUCCCAGUGUGUGUGUGGAAAAUGUUAGUUAAACUUGUGUGUAGCACAGGAGAUCUUCCUGGCUCUUAAUACUGAGAUUUCAAAAUGUUUUUCAGAGGGAAUAUGAAAUUCUCUAAGGAAAAUUUGUACCACUGCUUUUUUAUUGUUAUGCUUUCCAGGAUGUGUUUUCUCUGGUUUUUUUUUUUAAGAGUUUGAUACAGCUCUCAGUUGUGGCACCAGCAUGGGACUUGUAGUUUUCUUUCCCAGGAGACACGUUCUGUGAUCCUGUUGCUCAGAGGCUGCUUUGAGAAGUGGAUGGAGUGUGGUGUGUAGCAGCAAAUGACAGCAGGGCUGUUGCUUGGCUAUUUCACUGGUUUGCUUUUGGCACUGUGCUGAACAUGGCUGAACUGUGUUUGUGUACUGUGUCAUGGGAGUCCUCCAUAUGCUGUAAAUAAGAUAGGCUGUCUGGACAGAUGAGAUGCCUUUUCAUUAUGAGUUAGAAAUAUACCCUCUUUCUGAUGCCAAAAGUGGGCUGACUUCACUCUUCCCCAAUGAAUGGAAUGAAAAGAUUCUUCAGUUUACACGCCUCAGUACUUCAUAUUGCAGACAUCGCUUAUUUUCAUCUUUUUUCUGUAAAUUUACUGAACCAAAUACAUGAAACACAGCCACCAAGGUGUAGUCAGGAAAGCUUCUCUCUGCUCAUUCUGUUUCCAUCCCAGGGAGAACACUAUCAAGAGUGUCUCCCUAGUUAGCAAUCUCCAGAAUAGUCACGUAUUUGCUAAAGCCUAAAGCUUGAAUGUUUGCUUCAGGUUCACUCUGUGGGUUUAAGUCAGGAGGUGGGGUGUUGUGGCUGAGCUUUGGGUGGUGGUGGUGAUGUAGAUGGCAGUGAGCAAUUCUGUAUUGCAGUUCUGAAGCAGUAAGAGAAGGUGACUUGCUUGGGUUGGCACAAAGAUGGUGUGGAAGUAAUCUGCAGGUCUGAUUCAGUUGUCUGUGUGCCCGGUUGGGGGGAAAAAACCCAAACCCAAACACCACACCCUGUGCAUCUGUGUGUUAAAGCUUGAGUGUUCACACUGGCUUGCUUAAUGGUGAGAGGGGGAGGGAGAUUGCUUUGUUUUUUUGUGGUAGUUUUGGGUUUUGGCAUAGUCAGAUUUUCAUCAGAUACUUUGCCUAGUUUGUCCCCACCUGGUAGAAUGACUGGAAUGAGAAAAACAGUUACUAUUUUUUAAAAGGAAUGUUCUUGGAGGUUCUUGAAAUGCUGGUGUUGUUUCAGUCACAUCCACAGCUGUGACGGUCCCUACCUGCCGGGGUGUGCUGCAUCAGCUGUUGUACAUUGUGCAAUUAGGGGAGAAGACACUAUGAGAGGCUCAUUUUGAGCAGGCAAAAACAUUUCAUAAAACACCUGUUUGGAGUAUUUUGGAGGAGUUAAAAUAACUGGGAUUUCAUGUUAUCUCAUUCUGUACUAAACAUUCAUUUUCCAGAUUCUAACAGGAAAACAUUACAUUGACUGUUAAAGAGUACAAUAGGUGUGUCUGAGAGAGGUGAAGAUGCUGCUAAAUGUUUAAGAUAUGUGGUAUGUAUCACAAGAUAAAUAUUUAAGUAGUUUAGGAAAAGUAAAUUAUCAAAUAGUUGUCUGUGUAUAUGUAUGUGGAUGGUAAAACAAAAAAUGCUCAUGUUGGUUAUCACAUUACUAAGCUACCACGACUUAAUCCAGAAAUGUUACCUGCAUGUGAGACUUUAGAACUGGUACACUUCUCUACCUGGUUUAUUGUGUUUACUAAUGUAUAUUUUUCUAAAUAUACAGAUAUUUCAAUCUAAAAAAAAAAAACCUAUAUUUAUCUGUAAUUUCUAUGUUUUGGACAGUGCAUGAGGUGCUGUAAAAUUCUGUACAUAUAGAGACUUAUAGAAGAAACAUUGUAGUUGCCCCGUGAAUGAAAAGUUAUACAUAGAAGUACAGUCAGUAUGCCAAGACCUGUAAGUUAUUUCCCUGAAUUCACCAAAAAUUCACUUAAGCGUGCACCAGUCUCAGCUCUCCUGUAAAUACUGUGGUGCAUUGUGUACCCAGGUGAUGACCUUGCUGUCUCCAAGUGUUAUAGCAGGUCUGCUUUAGGUUCUGCAUCGAGAUGCAGUCCAAGUUUAGUGGGAUAAUUAUAAUGGAAUACAUCAUCUUACAUAGAUUUAUAAAGGUCUUUCAAAAUGUUCUGCAAACCUUUGCAACAAAGAUAAACAUGGAGCAGAAUCACAGAUCUUUGUAGGCAAGGAAAAUCAAGUUCAUAGCCAAGGCAGUAUCUGUGACUUGUGCCGUGUUCUCGGCUCAGGGCAGCUCUGUGUACUUAGUUGUACAAAAGCUUUGUGGAGCAGGAUGGCAGAUCAGCUCAUCGCUUUUGAAUUUCUGUUUAUAUAAACUGUCACAUCUUGGCUGAGCUCAAAUUGUGACGUUGUUUUCUUUCAUCCUCUCUACUCGCUGCAUCUUCUAAAAUCCUACCUAAGUGACUUGCUUACAAAUUGCCUGCAGCUCAGUGCUCAGGAAGUCACCUGGGUUUGGGUUUGUUUUUUGAAGAGGGUGAUUCAGCUAAGAAAUAGGAAACUUCUUUCUCUUUGAAACACAGAAAAUCCCUGGCUAGGUACCCCCUUGAGCCCAGUGGGCCUCUGCAAUGCUCAAGGACCAGCGGAGACCGAUCAAGCAGAGCGCUCCAGAGGUCAGGAACUGGGUUCUUACCUGUGCUUACACAUGAGCCAAUCUUGUGAACAUAAACUCCCUUCACCUCUCCCAUGGUUUCCCAGCCAGGCUUCCUGUAGGUUGUUGCUUCUCUGCUCCCACUGAACCUUGAGGCCGUGUCCCAGUGCAUGGACAGUGCCUCCUGCAGCAGCUGCCCGUUGCCCAUUGUGCCUGUGGGGGCAGCUCUGGGAUAACCAACAGCUGGGCUCUGUCCCAUGUGCUGCACAUCUGUACAGGCUCUUUGCUUCAUGCGGGGUUCCCUGCCUCACCCAAAGUCCAAAGAGUUCAAGUACCACAUGGUUAUUGCCAAAAUUCAUGAUGCUACUUUGCAGAAGUGGUGAGAUCAUUUUAUUGGUGUUUGUGUGGUGGGUACUGGAUCAAAGACUCGCAGUCUGCUGGGCCUCUUGCCUUAAAUACCCCUCAGCUCCCAGCACCCUCCUCUCCCUGCAAUAAAAACCUCUCCUGGGCCACUGAAAGGGGGUCUAUCCUUAAGGCUGCUUUAAUUUACUUUCUCUGGUGGGCUGUUGUGACUGACAGUGCUGAAGUGAAGUCCUGGCCCUUCUUUUUAUUUUCCCUGGGUUUCUUCUUUUUUGGCCUGUACUUCUUAGUUUUCACAUGUGUUUAACAGGCUUGCUGGUGGGAAUUGUCUGGGAUUCUCAACUUGUGUCUUAUAGAGGAAAUAGUAGUUAACAAAAACAUCAGUAUUUAGGACUUGUAUAACUCACUGGUUUUAGGCCCAAGACAGAUCCUAAAAAUAAAAAUAGUAAACACUUGUAAAAUAAUCAGUUUUGGUUAUUUUUACAGGCAGCUUUGGCUUCUGAUCAUAUUAAAAGCGUGCUUGUGCCCACACACACAAACACCCAUAUAUAUACAUAUAUAAAUAAAACUUUGGGGUAAAUGCUGCAAACAAUUCAGGCAGUGUCUCCUGAAUUACCUGAGUUCUCUGCAGUGGGAUCCUGUUCCACAGUUACAUUGUCAGCUGCUGAAUUCUCAGUUCAUUUGCUGGUACUGCAGCUGGGAUUUACUGGUACAGGCCUAAAAACAAACCCCAGCUUGGUGAAGGCUGUGAUGUAGCUUCACCUACAAAUGGAAUUUAUUUAGCAGGGGUUCAGCAAUAUUUAUAUUUUAUAGAGUAAGUGACACUUGAAGUAAUUUUUUUCUUGGUAUUUGGAACUGUUUCUUUUGCUCAUUGGGUAUGGAGUUCCUUUUGCUGCUAGGACAGUGGUCAGGUAACAGAGUUAAAGUAGUCCUGGAAACACUUUCUCCCAUUUAGCCUCUUCCUUUUUAUGUCAGUAGCUCCAUGCUAAUACUUUUCAAUGCAAUUCUGGUUGUUCCCGUGGCUGAGCCAACUGUUGGUUAUGCCACAAGCAGCCAACAUUUACCUGAGUACAGCAGAGCCUCUUCCAAAAAUCCAAUCUCUCUGUUACCUGACUUCUCACAUGAUCCAUAGCAUAAAGCAAAAUGAACAGUGCUGCUUUGUACAGACAAAAAAAAGGUUUUGACUGAUUUUUGUGGGUUUAGGUCUUCUACACAAUUAUGUGUGGAGAUAACUCUUGAAAUAUAUUGUUUCCCCCUAGGAAAAUGCAUGUUGAGCAUCCCUUCCCCACUCCCCAUGUGUUGCCCAUGUGUAACAUUUGUGCACUGUGGUGUAGGGAGGGGAACUGCUUCUAUGGGGUUUAAAACACAAGAAAGUUGCUGCUCUCCACCCUCACACCGGGCUAAGAACUGUAGGAUCUUGGUUGUGUUUGGGUUUAAAUGUGUAUUAGAGCUCUGUCACCAGGCAUUUCCUUACCUUGCUUUUCUCACAACUGGUUUUGCCAGUUGGAAGGUCUCAUGGUUUUCUGUUUCGUGUUUUUUUUUAUUUCUACAGUAUAUUAAAUUAACCUGGAUUUGAAUUUGUAAAACUUCCAAAACUGCUCUCCUGUAAAAGAUAGUUUCUUUAGCUGAAAACUUCCUACAAGAAAAACCUUAACCUGAAUUAGCUGAAUUUUUUAAUAUAAACCUGGAAAUUAUUUAGUACCUAAUUGUUUGAAUACAGUACUGUAGAGCAGGCCUAGGAUAUGGGAUUUGUUAGCAUUGUGACUUCAUACUGAUAAAGUCAGCUACUAUGUGGGAUGUUUUUAAAUUGUGACUUGUUUUCUAAGACCCCCCCACCUUGUCUUUUUCACAGCUAAUAUUUUCACAAUAAACACAGCCAAACAUAAAAAUGUUAAUGUACAAAUGAUGAAAUUCUGUUAAUUCCCAACAAAAUAUUUUUGUAUAUAAUAAAGAUUUAAUAUUGAAAAAAUGUAAUUGGUUUUUCUCUGAUUUUUUUUUUGUCAUAGUCUGCAUUUAAGCCAUGUAAGGUAUCAAGGACCAGUCUUUGAAUCUGCCUUUUAUCUUUGGAUUUUGGUGCUCCACUUUCAUAAAAGCAGCUUUUCAGUUAGUCUUGUUUAUCUCCCUGUUCAUGAAUGUGCCAAAUCCCCAUUCCAUGCACAGGGACACCCUGGGAAUGUCGUCAUUGCUGAACCUGGGCACGUGAUUUUCUGAGCAGUGCAGCUCAAAGGGAGUCGAUCUCCUGGGCCCACACUGGAAUGGGCCAGUGGACAAAGCCCAGGGAGGGAUUUGGGCAGCUGGAAGGAGGCAGGUGCUGGGGACUGGCGGCAAGGCAGAGCCUGCUGGCCUCUGCACACUCUUUGAAAGGCUGCUGACCUCCUCCUGCAUUGCAAAGGUAUGGAUUCUCCAACCUUCCUCCUGGGCAAGGCAAAGGGAAGCAGGACUUUGGGGAGGUUAAAUCAGGGUGUGAAAUCACACCCUUCAUCACACCAGCUUCAGCCUCCUCUGAAGGACCCUAUGGGUCUUUUACCACCUCCUUUGCUAGGGAAGACCAUAUCUAAGCUUGGAAAAGCACUUUCCAUGUGAGGCCAGCCUGGAGUCGCUUGUUUGUCAAAGAUGUAGUCCCCAAAAGAAAAACAAUGGAAAUGACGUGUAAGUUAUUCCAUUUUUUUUUUCUAUAGCAUUUAAUAGAAAGUUUUUGUAAACUCAUUACAGAGGUGACUCUUAGAAGUGAUAGGUAAAAAGACAACUGUCCCACUUACAACACUGCUCCCAGAAGCAGAGUUCCAUGCUUCAGCUCCUCAAGGAUCUUUCCUUCUACACCAGCACAAAGUUCAGGCAACACCAUGAGCUUCCCUGAACAGAUGAGCUGCAGAAACACCCACGGCCCAGCGUGCAGAGCUACCCUGAGCUCCCAGGCAGUGGAGAGGCACCGUGGUGCUUUCCUGCAAAGUGCACGUCCUCAUGGAAAGCUGAACUGAUGUUACUUUUAAAGGCCUCUUAGACAAUCUGCUCAAGGCCAUGAGGGAAUAGAGCAGGGAAGUGAGCAGAACUCCUACCCACCAGCUACACUGCAAGGCCUGGUUACUGAUCACCCCCACACAGGUGCCUGCUCAUUUGUCUCUCAGCCAUCUCAACUGAUACUCCACCUACUUGGAACAUCUUCCCAAACCCACAUUUACAGUGGUCUCUGCUGCAUUUCUGUACCAUCCAUGAUUAUAAAAAAUUAUGAUGAAAAAACAUGCAAAAUAGUUCAAGCACAUAGUGCUUUACUAAUACUUUUCUGUUAGUCAAAGAAACAAGCAAAAUAUCUGCACUGAAAAUGUCAUAUGGUAAAAUGAUCAUUUCUGUGGUGUGCAGCAGGGACCCUUCAUGUGCACACACCAGAAGGCAUUGCCAUGCCAAAGUUCAGAAUGCAGCUGAAACUUGCUAACACAAGUAAAAACAUACCAGAAAACAGAAUGCUGUACAGAGGUAUGAAUCCCUGAAGUGGGUCUUGGUGGUUGAAAAAGAGGCUUUGUUAUUUCCUGCAGUGUGCAGUUCAUAUCCGUAAAAGUCAAACAAUAAUUAAGAGAAUCUAAUCGAGUACCUUUCAAGAGCCCUCCAUUGCACUUGCUCCAGAGUGAAGGCAUUCUGCACACCCAGGCUCAAGGAGAAAAGCAGUUGCUGCAUUGCAGAACCCUGGGUUUCCAGGGUCUGCCUGUUUGCUUGCUUACAAAAAGCAGUUUGUACUUAGCUGCUUUCUCCCAUGCAUAUUAAUGCAAGCAAUCAGGCUUUCACUGCCCUGCAGAUCUGACACCUACCAGAGCAGCUACGUUCAGCUUCUCUCCCAUGGCUCUCUUUUUUAAUUUCUCCCCUUCAUCCCUUAUUUAUGUACUUCCCACUGAAACUGCAGAGUCCCCUGGUCACCCUAAUUCCUGGCUGUGCUGCCUUAAGUACCAACAGAAGAGCUCUACUGCUGAUCCCAAACACACCAAAAUUACAGAGCUACAAAAGAAGCAUCAGGCUACAGCAAAAACUGUACACUCAGUACAGCUCCUAUACAUUCCCACCUAAAGCAUGAAAUCCAUACAGUGCAACAUAAAGAACAAGUGGGAAGAAUCUCGGUUCUUUCAUGGUUACAGCUCUUACAGAAGACUCUGUCAUCUCCAGAUUAAUGUUUGAUGAAGCAAACAGCCUUUGCACGACCUCAAAUCUUCCUCUGUCAGCCAGAGCGGCCACCAAAGGACUGCUCAGCGCCACAGUGCCAUCGGCUGAAGCGACGUUAGGC